CAGUGAUUUAGUCUGAACCCUUUACCUGCUAUAGUCACCUGCCCAGGUAGGGCGGGCUGUGCUUUAUUCAUACAAACACACACAGGGACACAGGUUGGCUGGCUGUUUCCAUCACAAACAGGUAAUGAAGAGGAGCGAGCUCCACCGGUUCCUCUAGCCUGCCAACACGGAGCACAGCACAGGGUCGUGUUGAAGUUUAGACAAAGCCUAAAACAUGGCCAACUUCAAAGGACAUGCAUUGCCUGGUACAUUCUUCUUGCUGUUUGGCUUGUGGUGGUCUGUGAAAUACCCCAUGCGACACAUCUGGCAGAAGAGACAGCACGGCAGUAGGCAAAACCUGCCUCUGUUCUUCAAAAAGAUAGACCUUAUCGAGGGGGUUCUGAAGACCUUCUUUGCUUUUGUUGGCAUCAUGGCAGAGCAGUUUGUGCCAGAUGGACCUCAUGGUCACCUUUAUAAUGGGGAGUGGGUAAAGCUGAUGAACUGGCAGCACAGCACCAUGUACCUCUUCUAUGGCAUCUCUGGCAUUGCUGACAUUCUCAGCUCAUCCCCACUUCCUGUCCCAGCAGGACUUGACCGCCUCUCCCUCUCUUUGGCUCUCUUUGUAGAAGGGUUCCUGUUUUAUUUCCAUGUACAUAAUCGGCCUCCUCUGGACCAGCACAUUCACUCUUUGCUGCUGGUGGCUGUGUUUGGUGGGGCAGCCAGCACAAUGCUUGAGGUGUUCUUGCUGGACAACACUCUGCUUGAGCUGUUCAGGAGCAGUUUAGCCAUUAUGCAAGGCACCUGGUUCUAUCAGAUUGGUUUCGUGUUAUAUCCUCUGAAUGGUAAAGAGUGGGACCUGGAGAACCAUGGCAACAUCAUGUUUAUUACUAUGUGCUACUGUUGGCAUUAUGCAGUAGCUUUGCUGAUUGUGGGGAUCAACUACAGUGUGGUCUGUUGGCUCAUAAGAAGGUUUGGAGAGAGGCACAGGGCAGAUAUAGAGAUCAGCCUCAGAAAAACCAGUCACCCUGACUCCAAUUCACAGAAGGCUUUGCUGCAGGAAUCAGAUGAAGAAUAGAAAGAGUCCUGUGACCAGACGUGAAGAAAUCUGAAGAGAUAUAAAUAUAUAAAAUAAACUGGCACAAUGCAAAUUUUAUAUACAAUACUGUGCAAAAGCCUUAAUGCACCCAGCAGUAUUUAAAACUAUAGCUUGUCAGCAAGUGUUUUUUUCCCUGUAAAAACAUGACAUUUCAUUAGAAUAAAUGCAAAUAAGCAUAGUCACAAGAAUAUCUUAUUUUGAAAAAAAGCAGUUCUUGUGAGCUGGUUAGUAGAACAAAGUGUUUCGACAUCUUCAACCAUCAGAUUUAUUAAACCUGAUUUAAUUCAAGGAAUCACUUAUUAACCAAAAGCACUGUAAUUGGACAACCACAAAUUAUACUGGGCUGCCAAGUGGACAGGCUUAGAAAUGGUAAACACAAAAAAUAUUUAUUCUAAUAUGAAGAAAUUUCAUUAGACGCAUAUUUGUAAUUCAAAAUUUUCCCAGAUGCCUGAAACCUUUGCACAGUUCUGUAGGGGUGUGUAUAGUACAGAUCAGUCUAUGCACGGUGAACUAUCCAAGCGGGGUGUUGAUCAAAGACUCUGAUAAUGCUUGUUAAUGCACUGAUGCCUGUAAAGCCUGUUAUUUUUGUACAGUCUUGCAAGUAAAUACUGUAAGAAAUAUUUUUAAACAGUAGUUUUCUAAGGGGUGGAAAAGUGCUUGGUUUCUGUGUAACUGGAAUAUCAGGCUUAUUUCAGGUAUGUCUUGUCAAGCCUCUUAAUAAAAAACAAUUCCUACUGCAAACCA